UCUAUCGUCCCACAGAAACCUGGAAUUGGAAAAAAACGCCCCGGCGAAAUCACUUGUGGCUUUGACCUUUGAGCCGGUACAACGUCUGGUUUGGAGCUGCUAUAUAUAUGAAUCAGCCGCCGAUAGGAAAGAUAGGAGCAGCGAAGGAGCGAAGCAAUACUAUGCAAAUCUCCGGGCGCAGAGAGCAGAACGGAGCCGAGACCCAGUCCCAGUCCCCACUAUCGAAGUCGAUAAGCAAUCGGUCGGCGUGCUGAUAACUGAUAACGAAUCGACAACCACACAAAACGCCGAGUGUUAAGCUUACUUAAUUGCUGUUUAGUCGCCGGGGGAUUCAGUUGCAACUUCCUACACUUGACGACGACGUCACGAUGAAUUUCCUGCUGCGCUUCGUGGUCUUUUGCCUGGAUCCGCUGGGCCUCGGCCGGCGUUUCUUUGUCCGCCCGGCCUUGAAUCUCGGCUGGAACGUGUACGAUCGCGUGCGAAGCAAGGCGGACGAGAAGGUGGGCACGGUUCGGGAGCUAGUACUCCGCCUGGGCCUCAUCGCCUUUGCCGUGGUGCUCAUCAUCUGGCUGGCGGUCUUCAUGUACGCCGCCUUCUACUACAUGUACAUGCCGGCCAUUUCGCACACACGUCCUGUCCACAUGCAGUUCAAAACCUGCCUGGAGACGAGCACACCCUGCACCUUUCCGCAUGCCCACGUCUCGCUGACGAAGAAGCAACAGCUCCUGAUGGUGGGCCAGGCGUACAAGGUGAUCGUGAACAUUGACAUGCCGGAAUCACCGCAGAACCUGGAGCUGGGCAUGUUCAUGGUGUGCGCCGAGAUGAGGGACUACGAUUCAAUGCUGCGCGGUCACUCCUGUCGCUCGGCCAUGAUGCGCUACCGCUCGCCGCUCAUCCGAAUGAUCUCUACGUGGGCGCUCAGUCCGCUGUAUGUGCUCGGCUGGAAGGAGGAGUUCCAGCAGGUGCCGGUGGAGAUAUUCUCGCGGUAUCUGGAGGAGCGCCAGCAUCCGAUUACGGAUGUCUAUGUGGAGAUCCAGUCGCAGAAGAUACAGUUCUACACGGUGACGCUGCAUAUUGUGGCUGAUUUUACCGGGCUGCGGUACAUCAUGUUCAACUGGCCCGUCCUGUCGGCCAUAGUGGCCAUUAGCACCAAUCUGUUCUUUAUACUGGUCGUCUUUCUGCUCAGCUGGUACCACUGGUCCGACGCCAGCUGGCUGCACAGCCUGCAAAUCAAGUAUGCCCGUCUCACGAAUACGCUGCAGCCCGGCAGCGCCGCCGGCAGCGUGAUCCUCUCCAGCGCCAGCAGCCUGCGCGAUGACGAUCUGGUUGCGUAUGCGGACGACAAGUCCGAUAUAGCGGACGUGGGCGGUGAUCCGCUCAAUGACACAUCGGAUGCGGAUGAUCUGGUGAUGGUAAAGUCCGGCAGCGGCAAGCCGCGUCAGCGUCAUGUCCAGAAGAAGACCACCGCUGAUCACUAGGCUACCGAGUUGGAGGAGGAGGAGGAGGAGCCGAAACCACCAAACGCCCAUGCGACGCUUGAGCCAAAGACUAACUAGGAUAGUAGGACUAAGUUUAGCGUAACCCCGACAGCAACACAACUGAAGUAUUCCAGCGGACUCGCCACUUAAAAUGCUCCGAAUCCUGUGCCAGAGGCCAGGAUCCUUAUAUUCAAUAUAUGGUUAGGAAUCGUCUAAGGAAAUUAAAGAGAGCGGUGAGCUUUAGAUGCAUUUGGAAAGCAGCUUAAACAAGGAUAAGAAGGUGGUUUAAUGAUUCAAUUAGAUCCCUUUCCUUGGCUUAGGUUAACCCUGAAAAUCAACUCUAAGAAUAAAUGACAAAACAAAAACAAAAAA